AUGAUGUGGAUUGGACAGUUCUGCUGCAGCAAAAAAAGUGAUAUUAACGUUGUGCUUGGUAAAUGGAUUGAAGGAUUGUGUGUGUUAGCUAAUAAUAAUACAGCAACAUCAAAUUCUGAAUUUAUUCAAAAGUUAGGGUUGGAUAAUAGUAUAUUCAAUAUGGUUGUAAAAAAGAAAUUUGCUACUGUUAUGGCGGUAUAA